UCGUGUUUAUUAAAGGAGUCAGUUAUUUUCUCUUUGUCUUUAUGAAACGGUGGACACCCGAGAUUUUAAUUGUUUUCACUUCAUUCGUACUCAGAUCCUUUCGCCCAGACAAGCAAUUGCAUAUCAUUGACAUUGUAAAGGAAUUCAUUUGGAAACAGCAGCACAUUGAACCUUUAUGAAGUCCUAAAUUAGUUGUGAAAUCAAGCAUGUAGCCUGUGUUUGCGACAAGGUGAUUAUUGAUGUAUGAGAGAAAGAAGAAACAACAUACGAUGUAAAACUACAAUUCUGCCCACAUACGUAUGUUCAUAUUCCUAACCAGUAAACUGUGAUCAGGGGUGAGAAAAUAAUCUAGGGUCUGCAUAAGUGACUGGCGGGAGCCGCACGAAAAAGGAGGCUGCAUUUGUUUGUUGACUGAAUGUGAGAACAGCAAAAUUGGAGCUGGAUACAGAAAUUGACUUUGGACUAGUCAUGUCACAAAACAACUGGCCUUUCGUUAUCAAUGUAGGGAACAGUAUCAUUGGAGUUACCAUUCUGGCUAUGCCAUUUUGCUUUCAAGCUUGUGGUAUAGUUCUUGGAACUCUGUUGCUGUUGUUUGCGACUUGGCUGACCAUUGUAUCAUGUGAACUGUUGAUGAAGGCUGGGGUCACUGCUAGAAGGAGGUCUUACUCCCUACUAGCAUUCUUUACCCAUGGAGCCCUUGGGAAGAUGAUAGUUGAAGUAGGGAUGAUCGGUCUACAGCUGGGUACAUUGAUAGCACAGGUUGUCAUUAUUGGAGAUCUAGGUCCUGCCAUUUUGUCAAAAGCUACAGGACUUCAAAAUAGUGAAAACCUGAGGACAGGUCUCAUUGUUGUUCUAUGCUUGUUUGUUGGUCUACCGCUGGGCCUCCUGAAGGAUGUAAGAACUCUCAGCAAGACAAGCUCUCUCUGUAUAGCAUUCUAUGCUUUCUUCACUUUUUAUAUUGUUGCUUUGUCCUUGCCCAAUUUGAUAGCUGGUGACUGGUACAACAGAGUGAAUUUCUGGAGAAUGGAGGGAUUUUUCCAGUGUUUGCCUAUUUUCUCAUUUGCAUUCGGAUGUCAGACUCAGUUGUUCAUAGUUUAUGAUGCUCUAGCAGAUCCGUCACUGAAGAGAAUAAAUGGUAUAGUCAGUUCUGCUGUAAACAUGUGCACAGUCAGCUAUCUGCUGGUUGGAUUUUUUGGCUACAUAGCUUUCUGCAAUGCGGGUGAUCUCUCAGGGGAUAUCAUCAAUCAUUUCCGGCAGAAUACUGUCUGUGAUGCUAUUAAACUACUGUUUGUGUUUUCUAUAUCUGUCACGAUACCACUGAUUGUGUUCCCGUGCAGAGCAUCUCUGUAUACACUCUGUUUUCCACAUGUUCAUAAAACAAGAGAAGAUGUACCAGGUGGAGGAAAAAUUCCAGAGACACAUUUCAAAGUUAUAACAAUAAUUAUAAUUGUUGGUUCUAUGAUCAUUGGAAUCCUUAUACCAAACAUUGAGUUUGUGCUGGGUAUAAAUGGAGCUACAAUGGGGACACUGAUAUGUUACAUCUUCCCAGCUCUCUUCUUUCUCAGUGUGAUGUCUGAUAAAGCCGAAGGUCUAUUUACUGGCAAGGUUGUUCUCGUAUUUGGGUUUACAAUAAUGAUAGCUAGUACAUAUACAAUAUUGACCACAGAAUCAACUGAAGUAAAGGUAGAUCCUUUAGAUACAGGUGAAUCAAACCCUGUACUAGAUAUCACCAAACUGGAAAACUCAAGAAAAUUUAUCGACAGUAUGAAAGGAGACAUGGCUGUUGCUGGUAAUGGAAGUAAAGCUCAAGAUAAACAAGUUGGUAUACAAGAGAGACAGGAACCGCCAAUACCCCAGGAACCACAGGAACCCAAAGAGGCUAUUGAUCAGUUGAAGAAGGAUGCAGAUAAUGUUUUAAAGAAGUCAGAUAAUGACAUUAAGGACCAAAGCAACAUUGAUAAGCAUAAACAGUCUAUAGACCCUCAGAAUGAAAAACAACCGAAGGAUAUUGUUAAAACUGGUGAUAAGGUCAUAGAUAAAGAUGUACCAAAGGAAGAUAAAAAUGAGCCUGAUAAAAUAAAACAAGAAGAAAAACUGAAAGAAACAGAGAAAAAACAAGAUGAGAUUCUAGCCAAGUUAGAGCAACAGCAAGAGCAGCAAGAGAAGCUGAUUCAGGAACAGAAAGAGAUACUAGAACAGUUAAAGGAGCAUAAAGACAGUCAUAAGGAUGAUGAAGUUGCACCAAAUCUUGCUAACAAACAGUUGCCACUGAAUCUGGAUCAGAAUCAGCCUGUUCAGAAUAACCAAGGUUUACAGCAGCCUGGAAAUAGUGCCCAAAUUGAGAAGAAACCACAAGUAGAUGUUCAGAUUCCUCAGCAUAAUCAGCAAGCUGGUGUUCAAAUUCCACAGCAUAAUCAACAAGCACGUGUUCAAAUUCCACAGCAAAAUCAGCAAGCUGGCGUUCUAAUUCCACAGCAAAAUCAGCAAGCUGGUGUUCAAAUUCCACAGCAAAAUCAGCAAGCUGGUGUUCUAAUUCCACAGCAAAAUCAGCAAGCUGGGGUUCAUAAUCUUCAGCAAAAUCAGCAAGCUGUGUUUCAGAAUCUUCAGCAAAAUCAACAAGCUGGGUUUCAGAAUCUUCAGCAAAAUCAGCAAGCUGGGAUUCAGGUUCCUCAGCAAAAUCAACAACCUGGUGUCCCAGUUCCUCAGCAAAACUUUGGUCAGGAUCAGCAAGGCAAUGCACAGGUGCAUCAGAAACAAGGUCAGCCAAACUUUGACCAAGGUCAGCAGAUGCAGUUUCAGAAGCAGCAGCUGCCUCAGGAUCAAAUGCUUGUACAGCAAGGUGUUAUGCAACAAAUGCAGCAAGGAGAGACAAAUGUUGGUGCACCACACCAUGACCUGGGGGAGAAUGUUAAUAAAUAUUUAAGAAAUCAGAAAGAACAAUUAAUUGUCAAUCAGCAGCCUCAAGAAGGCCUAGGUAACAAUCAGAUAAACAAUAAAGUAGUUGUAAACGAUGCUGGUGAUAACAUUGGAUUUAAACAUAGAGGUAAGAGAGAUACCGAUGUUAUUGAAAGCAAUAGAGAAAAUGUUCCAGAAACUGGAAUACUGUCAGAUAAUGAUGUUAAUAAUGCUAACCAAGGAGAGAAAAAUGAUGUUAAUGCUGAUACACAGGUAGAUUCUUUUGAUAAGAAAAAUAUAGUUGCUGAUACAGUGGUAGAACCAUUAGAUAAGAAAAGUGUUGUUAAAGAGGAAAAAGAUGGAACUAAAAUAGAUGGGGAGAAUGACGUUAUCAAUAAAGAGAGCCAUGGACAAAGAGAUUUAAAGCAAGUACCUGCAGAUGCAGAAAAUGCUCAAUAUGGUGGUGAUAGUUACAUAAACGAGGUGUUGAAUCAUUUGAAAAACAAAAUUGAUUAUAAUGUUAGUAGUAUUGGUAAAGCUGUCAUUAAUAAGAUUGGAAUGUUUAAGAGAAGCAAAAGAAGAUUGUAGUAUAUAUUGUUUUAGACAAGAAAACACCUGAUUUUAUAUUUGUUCUGCUUUAAAAGUGUCUCUAAGAAUUAUUUCUACGCAAGUGUAAACAUAGCCUGAUAUGUUAUUAUUGUGAUAUGUAGACAUAGCUUUUUGUGUCAGUUGUGGACCAUCAGUCAAUAACUAUAUUUUGACAAAUUUCCGGUAUUUCUCAAGAUCUCUUAUAAUUUUUCAUAUCCCAGUGUCAGAGACCUUGGAGGUAUUUAAGGAUUGAACUGUCUGUCCAUCUGUCUGUCCAUCACACUUUAUUAUGUACAUAACAUCUUACAGUUUCCAUCUAGCUGAAAUGAAACUUUGUAUAUCUCGUCAACAUGCCGAUUGAAGUGGACAUGUACAUAUUAUUUGUUCAUUUGUCCGUCUAUUCUGCAAUUGUGUCCAGAGUAUUUCUCAGCAACCACUGGUUGGAAUUUAGCAAAACUUCACAGGAAGCUUCAGUUUCAAGAGAUCACAUAUUGCCUUCCUGUUCCAGUCAGAUGAUUUUUCACUGAUUUACUGCCAUUUGAUGAUUGAACAUUAGUAUACUAAUGUACAAUUUCUUGUCUGGAGUAUUCCUCAGCAACCACUAGAUGGAAUUCACUAAAACUUCAUAGGAAACUUCACUCUUAAGCGGAGGCGCAAAUAUUACCUUUGUGUUCAGGUUGGAUGUUUUUCACUGAGUUAUUGUCCUUUGUUUACUUAACAUGUUGUACUGUAGAACCAUUUCUUGUCCAAAGCAGCCACUAGCUUGAAUUCGUAAAAAAAUUCAUGGGAAGCUUCACUCUUGAGAGGAGAUUCGCAAUCUGGUUGGAUGAUUUUUAUUGCUCUUCUAGUAUUCAACAUAGUAUACUAAAGCAUCAUUUCUUGGCCGGAAUAUUCCUCAGUAACUACAAGCUGGAAGUCACCAAAACUCCACAGAGGAGACAUGCAUAAUUAUUAUCUUCUUGUUCCAGUUGCAUGAUUUUUCACUGAGUAAAAAAUUGCCUUUUAAUUAUUCAGCAUUAGUACACCAUAGUACCAUUUUUGUUCGGAAUAUUCCUCAGCAACCUCUGGAUGAAAUUCAUCAAAACUUCAUAGGAAGCUUCACUCCUAAAUAGAGAUGAAUAUAUUGUCUUCCUGUUUCGGUCGAAUGAUUGUUUUACUGAGUUAUUACCCUUCGAUUAGUAAACAUUGAAUAAUCAAAGGGCAAUUACUCCACGAAAAAUCAUGUAACUGAAACAGGAAGAUAAUAAUUAUGUGCAUCUCCUCUAUGAAGUUUUGAUGAAUUUCAGCCAGGGAAUCGAGCGUUUUACUUCAAGAUAACAGAAAUUCAACAUAAAAUGUUAUUUUGUGCACAUUUUUCCGGGACGGGACUUGAAAAUGUCUUUGAGAUGGCCGGAAGUUUGUGAUAAUUUGUCCGAGACAUCGAGUUUCAACUGAAUUACACUUGUGUCAGAACAUUGUGUAUUUAAGUCCUCCUACAAUGUCCAUCAGAUUGAAAUGAAAUUUGGUAUAAAUCAUCAAAAUGAUGUGGACAUGUUGAUAUUUUUGCGUUUUUUCUUCUUAACCUUUUUAGAGUAAUUACCCUUAUAUAAUGUUGCGCUUUGAAAUAAAAAUAUUGUGAACUCAACUCUCCAUUAGUUUCCAUCCAGCUGAAAUGAAACUUGGUUUACUUCAUCAGCAUGUAAUUGACAUGCACACAUUUUCAGGACUUCCAUGUACAGAUAUUUUUAUAGGAGGUAUGAUCCUGUUGCCGACUUUAUCUUUUAUUCUGUCAAGCAUUUUCAUGGGGCAUGUGUCAUACAAAGUUGACACCAUUCUUGUUUAUAUCUCUAUUUAUCUCUAGUUAAAAUGGAAAUUUAACCAUAUUUUCCUUUUUUAGCUCGACUAUUCGAAGAAUAGGGAAGCUAUCCUACUCGCACCGGCGUCGGCGUUAGCGUGAGCGUCACACAAAUGUUAAAGUUUGCGUACCACCCCAAAUAUUUUCAAAGUCCAUUGAGAUAUUGCUUUUAUAUUUUGCAUACUUUUUUAUCAUAAUGACCCCAUUCUAUAAACAGGAGCAGACAACUCUAUCAAGCAUUUUGACUGAAUUAUGGCCCCUUUUUGACUUAGAAUAUGCUUAUUGUAAUGUUAAAGUUUGCGUACCACCCCAAAUAUUUUCAAAGUCCAUUGAGAUAUUGCUUUCAUAUUUUGCAUACUUGUUUACCAUCAUGACCCCAGUCUGUAAAAAGGAGGAGGCAACUCUAUCAAGCAUUUGACUGAAUUAUG